AUGGCCGGCAUGGACAUUAUUAAUUACUACGCAGACUUGGGAAUCGAAGACGAGAAUGCAGACGAGGCAACGAUCAAGAAAGCCUAUCGAAAGCUGGUCUUAAAAUGGCACCCGGACAAGCAUCCUGAAAACCGGGAUGAAGCAGAGACACAAAUACGAAAGAUCAACAACGCAUACGAGGUCUUGAGCAAUCCCACCAAGCGCUCGACCUAUGACGAUCAAAGAAGAGCCGUCAAAAGAAAGAAGCAGGGUUUCGGGCCACCGCCUCCAAGCGGCGCACCUCGCAUGAGAAUUCCGAAGGAAUUCAUGAUGAUGCCAAUAGGAUUCCCAGACAGAUUUGUCCGGUAUAACGGCCGGCGACUUUUCGUCCAGAGGCGAAAAGAUGACCCCGACGUCGAAUUCAAGGCCUUUUUCGAAGACACGAAGUGGUCCCUGUGGUGGCUGCCAGAAGUUAACAAUAUGUGCCGCGUCAGAGCGCUCGGAUCAAAAGCAGCCGGGGAGAAGAUGGGAGUUGCUGCGGGGCUAUGUGGAGGCUUGAACUUGUCGUUCUUUAUCGACCCAGCCAGCCCUACCGACUCUGAAGUGGGUUUAGAAGAUGCUCGCAAGGGCGAAAAAGUUGACAAGGUCAAUUUCGUCGCGGUGACGAGUCCAGCCUACGAGGGGGCCUUCCGGUUUGAGGCUGCUUAUCGACGAGGAUUUUAUUUGACCUUCCUACCGCCAAACCAUCUUCGCGUGGCACCGUACGGUGAGGAGGAUGACAGAGGCAUUGCAGACUUCGCUCUCGUGGACUUCGGGGUAAUGUUCAAAUUCAUUGAGAUGGAGGAGGUCCUCCAGCCUGCUGUCGCGGCUUACAAGGGGGGGGUAAAGCUGGAGCAGCUCCGGAAGGAUCCGAACAUUCUGUUGUACUUCUCCAACAUUCUGCAAAAGCCAGUCUGGGAUAACGAAGACUUCAUCAUCUACUUCGAGGGCCACUGGGAGACGUGGGAGUUCAACAAAGACACCCAAUCGGUGAGGCUCCGAACGAAAGAGGAGAAGUUGGCCCAGAUGCUUGCAACAGUGAAAGAUAUAGACGGGGUCUCGGCUGUUGUGGCGGGUGCAAAAGAUGAACUCACCAAAUUGCCGCUUCUGGCUGCGGCACGUGCUUUGGUGGUGUUGGCGGCAUCCACUCACGAUGGCGAAGGGCUUGAUGUCACCAAGACCAUAAACAGGAUAGCAGCGCAGAAGAAACUGCUCUCAAAUCUGCGAAGCAUCCUCGCUACUGCUACGAACGGGGGUGAAGUGGUGCUGCCAUUGAAUGACCUGCUGGACAUGGCAGAUCUCGCGGGUGCAGUCGGGGGCACCGGAGCUGCGAGCGAUCUCGUGCACACACGACAGGCCGCACAGCAGGCCGUGGCUGACAUCGUCUUCAGACAACUCGCUGAUGGCAAAUCGCAGCUUGACGUGGCGUUGCUGGGUCGAGUCCUUCGAUUGCCGGGGGCAGGCGAAGUCGACUCCACGCUGGCAUCCAUGUGCCAGCCGCUCGUUGCAAGUGUGGGGCUAGAGCAAGCUCUGGAGUUCGUGAGACGUGCCGGUUCAUCUAGCUGUGUCGAAGUGGCCAACACUUAUGCAACUUCCGCACUUCUGAUGAUGGACACCAAACAGCCCGAGCCAUCAGCCGAGGAGCAGCUGGAGAUCCUGCGAACCAUAGCUUCUGCAGGUGCCGCUUUGGAGGACAUUUCGGGCCGCCUGGCUCGUCUGGCUCCUGUUUCUCAGGCUGAUGUGCUGGUGGAUGUUGUUCUUGCCAUCGCAGAGCGCGGCUUCAGCUCUGACGCCCUAGCGACUGCUACGCAGGUUUUGGCGACCAAGCUCGGGAGCACGCAGCUCCAGCCGACACGGCUUCUGGAUCUUGCUGUGGCAUCCACCAAGAGCACCAGCUUGGCGCCGGUGAUUGGCGCAGUAGCCCGUGCCGUGGGUGCAAGUGCGACCAUGUGGCCUGUGAGUGACCUGGUUCGCCUGCUCCUGGCGAUGGCGAAAGCCAAGAAGGCCUUGAACACCGAAGACAAGGCCUAUCUUCUGAAGCAAGCCGCGGAAGCUCUGAAAAGUGAACUGGGAUCAUUACCUGCAGCUGACGUUAUCAAGCUGGUUUUGGCAACUGCGGGGGAUGGUUGCUCUGAGUUGUUGGAGGCAGCUGCGGAAGAAGCCGUUGAUCGCAGAAUAUCUGUGUUUCCACCGGCGCAGCUGCUGAUGCUGUCGCAGGGGCUGGUCACGGGCCUCGGUUCCAAGCAUGGCCUUGUGGCAAAGUUGGUUGAUUUCUGGUCUGAGACACUGAAGGAAUGGACGAAGGGCGCUGGGGGUGCCUGGGACAGCGACGACGAAGUCACCAAGCAGCGUCGAGAGCUGGAGAAAAAGUCUCGCUUGUCAGCAGACCAGGUAGUACAGCUAGCAAAAGUUAUGGCUGUUGGCUCCAAAAGCCUCACCGAAGCCAUCGGCGGAAAUCUGGUCGCCAGGGCGAAGGAGCUCACCGAGAACGGCCGGAAGGCCGUUGAUGCUCAGAUCGUAGAUGGCGCAUUAGCGACCUACUCCCGGAAGGAUCGACUGAAGAGAGCGGUUGCAGCGGCCGCUGGCAGCAACAGCCGAAGUCGAAGUCGCCGGCCGACGACUUGGCAGACGGGUGCAGUGCGCGCACUUCUCUGCUCGCACAGAGACGGAGAAGUCGCAGCCGAAGUCGUGAUCGCGGUAGAGAUCGUGAUCGAAGGCAGGCCGGACGACGCAUUUCAGCCGACAGCGACGCCUCACUCGAUGGAGUGCAGUGAAAUGUCGGCUUUGGAGGUUCUGAAGCUGAAGCCCACUGCUGGCAAGUACGACUUCAAGGACAAAAUCGCAGAUCUCCAGGCGAUGAUCUGCCCCCUGAAGAACGCGCUCUCAGACCAACGAUUGAAAGCUAAAGCUUUGGAGGAAGCGCUGGCAGCUGCUGAGCAAGACGUGAACGCAAGGUUGUGUUCCUCCAAAAACGAGCUCAAGGAGGCAGCAGCACAGCUGGCCUCAGUGCAGAAAGAGGCCGCAGGCCGAGAAGCACUCCUCGCAACGCAGUUGUCCGAAGAGUCCAACCGAGUGCUUCGUCUUGGGCAAGACAUAGAAAAAGCAAGGGCAAGCGCAUCUGCGCAAGCAGAAGAGGCUGCUGCUGCACGCCGCAGAUGCGAGGACAUGUCGGACAGGCAUCGCCGACAGAUGGAAGAGGUAGCAACCACUCUGCGUCGUCAGGUCGACGAGGCGAUGCAGGCCAAGGAACAGCUCGUCGAAGCUCACAGGAGAAAGGAAGCUGCUCUCUUGGCCGAUUACAACAAAGCCAAAGAUGCUUUGCAACACGAGCACCAGCAUCGUCUGAAGGAGUUGGAAGAGGCGCUGCAAUCAAAGGACUCCGAGGCAGCAAAGGCAUUACAGCAGCUGGAAGAAGUCAUCCACGCAAAAGAUGUCCAACUGCAAGAGCAGGAGCAACAGGCGAAGGACUGCUUAGCAAAUGCCAAAGACCACCACGCCGCAGUAAUUGCGGACAUGCAGAGGCUGCAGAAGGAGAAGGAGGAGGAGUUGCACAACGCCAUUGAAAGUCUGAAGGAAGCGCACCGGUCGGCGCUCGACCGACGAGAAGCAACGUUCAAGAGCAAGGAGGCCGAACUCAACGAGCUCGUUGAACACCUGACUGCGACACACCAACUGCAGAUGUCCGAAAAGGAGCAGGAUCACAAGCUCAAGGAAGAUGCCGCAGAGGCAACGCUGUGUGCAUUGAAGCAAGAGCUGGCUGACAAGGAGCAUCACACAAGACAAAGAAUUGAGACAUUAAUGACGAGCCACGAAGACAGCGAGAGAUCUUUUCGCAAGCAGGAAAAGCAGAUGAAGGAGGCCUUACGUGAAGCCAAGACAAAGCACGAAGCUUUGAUGGAAGAGAAGGAGACUUCUUUCAGACAAGCCACGGACGUACUGCAACAGCAGCUAAGAGCCAAGGAGAUGACACUGCACGAGACCUUGCAAUCACUCCAGUUUCUUCGUGACAGCACGAGCGAGCAACUUCAAUGGGAGCGACAUCGCACGGAGUCAGAGUUGGCCCGGAUGAGGGACCAGCUGCAAGAGCUACGUAAGAUGCUGCAGCACGCUGAGACGGAAAGAGAUCUCCAGACCGAGCGCGCUUCUGAGCACCAAGCUGCACUUCAGGAAGAAAUUGCACAAUCGAAGAUCAAAGUCAGCACGCUCCGAGAGGAGCUGGCGAGUCUAAGAGCUGUGGCCAGCGCCAAAGAACUGGAGUGCGAGAAGUUUCAUCAAGAACGUGAUGCCCUGCAGGUGGAGUUCCGAAGCUACAAGGAGCAUCAUGGAACUAGCAACCAGCAGCAGAUGGAGGCAAUAACUGAAUUGAGGCUCACAGUGGACAAAUUGAGCAAACAAGUGGAAUGCACAAAAGCGGAGCUCCACAACCAACAAGGCAACCUAUCUCGUCAUCAAGGUUACAUCCAAUCCUUGGAGAGUCAACUGGCCUGUGCCGAGUGCACACGGCGAGAGCUGCACAACGUCAUUCAGGAGCUGAAGGGCAACAUCCGAGUCUUUUGCCGUGUGCGGCCACAAACCGGAAAUCAGCAAGCUGCGACGCAACACUUGCAGAUUGCAGAGAACAAGCUCAACUUGGACUAUAUGAACGAGCUGCACGGUUUCAGUUUCGACCGCGUCUUCUCCGAGAGCUCUUCCCAGGAGGCUAUCUUCGAGGAAGUUGGCGGCCUUGUCCAGUCUGCACUGGAUGGCUUCAAGGUUUCGAUUUUCGCGUACGGCCAAACAGGCUCUGGAAAGACCUACACAAUGCAGGGUUCCUCCGAGCCUGGCGCACUUGGUCUUAUUCCGAGAUCAGUGCAGCAGAUUCUGAAGGCAUCUGAAGCCAUGAGGGCCUCAGGCUGGGCAUGGACUCUGAAAGUUUCUUUCCUGGAAGUCUACAAUGAGGUGCUCCGCGAUCUGUUGGGCAGCGAUGGAAGCCAACUGGUUCAUGUCAUCAAACACGACGAUGCCUGGGGCACGUGCGUCACCAACCUCACACUGAUGGAGGUCUCUCACAUGGAGCAGAUCAGCAAACUAAUGGAGACGGCAGCCAGGGCUCGAUCCGUUGGGGCAACUGAAAUGAACGCAUCAUCGUCCCGCUCGCAUUCGAUAUUCGCUUUGUACCUCCAUGGCAUCAACCGGGAGCAGCAUUCUGAAUUGCACGGCGCACUGCACCUGGUGGAUCUCGCGGGAUCUGAGCGGCUCGACAAGUCCGGCUCGACUGGCGACAGGCUCAAAGAGACACAGAACAUCAACAGGAGCUUGUCAAGCUUGGCAGAUGUCUUUCUUGCCAAAGCCGAAGGGCGAUCCCACAUUCCUUUCCGCAACUCGAAGCUGAUCCACGACAGCAAUAAAAGCGUGACUUUCCAAGACUUUGCUAUGGUGAUGUUCUGGCAAAGCUUCAGCCCAUCUCAGGGCAAGACUCUGAUGCUGGUUACGGUCAGCCCCGAAGCGGACCACUCGCAUGAGACGCUGUGUCAGCCAGUGUACAACCGGUGGCAAGCCGAAGCGCCACUUGCGAUCGCUGACAAGAGGAAGUGCGGGCGUCACGAAAACAUCUUCAAGGUCCGUGACCUCGUUGAGGCACGGAAAAUGAGCAGUGGUGAGCUUGGCUUUCCACUUCGUCCACUUCUCGCUGGGCGAAGCAAAAAUGAGAAGGAGCCUGAAUGGGACCCAACCUUUGAGCCCCUCAUGAAGGUGCUUCUAGGCAAGAAAGGCAUAAAGACAAAGACCGCAAGCGAAGUCGGGCGCAAGAAAGUUGAUUAUUUCCGUGGAAAAGACUUCAAGAAGUUCCUGCUGGAAAGCGAAGGGAUCUUGACAAAGAAGUGCCCCAAAGCGCUGGAAGAAGCUUUGGAUGGCCAGGUCCCGCAGACUGAUCAGGAUGUUGUUCGGCUGGGCCAAGAGCUGAUUGACCGGAAAUUCUGCUACAAGGCUAUGUACAAGCCCCUGAACCCGACCUCCAAGUCUGAUGAUGGUGCGGAAAAGAAGCCCAAGAAGUGGCCUGACAGAUUGGGCCGAACGCCCAACCAGACCUUCGACUCGGAAGGGUUUUACGUCAUCACAUACGAGGGCGGCAGCGGUCUGCAGCACUUUUUGCUGGGAUUGAUCAUUGCUGGAGUCCUCCUCGCGUGCAUGUUUCCUGUCUGGCCAAUGUGGGCCAAGGUGGGUGUGUGGUACUUGAGCGUGAUAUUUCUUACGUUGUACUUCGGCGUCCUCAUCCUGCGCAUGCUGAUCUUCACCAUGUUCUGGAUAGUUGGCUUUGACUUCUGGAUCUUCCCAAACCUGAACGACGAGUACUGCGGAUUCCUGGACUCUUUCCAGCCUCUGUAUUCGUGGGAGAAGCGAAAGGAUGACGCCUUGAUGCUUCUAGUUCGCUUCGGUAGCUUGGGCAUUGCCGCCGUGGCGAUCCAGCAAAUUGCAGAAACAACAUCUUUUGAGGAUGUGCAGGACCUGGUCACAAGCUCCUAUGCCGAUGUUCUGGCAUGGGGUGUAGACAAGCUCACCGCCCUGCCAGGCUCGGAAAAACAGGCAUUGCCCAGCGUGGAGGAGCUGCAGAAGGAAAAGGACAUGGAAGAGAAUGAGACGAAUGUGACCGCUGACCUUGCCGAUGAAGAUGAUGACAAAGACGACGAUGCGGCACAGGGGAGUGGAGCACCACAGGAACAAGUCCAUGAAGAAGAGGCUGCGAAAGAGGAAACCCAGGAUGACAGCUCUUAG